UAAUUUUUUGUCUUUUUUUAAAAACAAAAUAACAAAAAUAACAACCAAAAUAAAAAAAUAAAAAAUAAAAAAAAUAAAAAAAAAAUUAGUCGAACUUUUUUUUUUUCCUCUUUCUUUCUAUUUUAUUUCUAUAAUUAUAACUUUUUUUUUCUUUUUCUUCCCUUUUAAAAGAAUAUUUCUUUCCCCUCUUGAAAAAAGUAUAAUAUAUUUGACGUCAUUUUUAGCGAAAAAGAAAAGAGUUAACACUUACUGGGUUAAGUUGUUAAAACUCUUUUUUUAAUAAUAAUAAAAAUUUAUAUAAACAAACAAAAAUAAAAUGAUAAAUAGUUUUUUUAUAAUAAAAAAAUCACACAAAUCGUUGAAAAAAAAAUCAUAUAUAUAAAUCAUAUAUAAAAAAUCAUAUAUAAAAAUCAUAUAUAAAAAUCAUAUAUAAAUCCAAAAAAUAUGUCUACAUCACUUUCUAGAUCAAGUUCAAUUUAUUCUACUCCUCCUCAAACUCCUUCUUCUGGAACUCCCCCUCCUUUCAUAAUGUGUACCGAUUUUUUACCAAACCUUUCAAAAGAUUUAUCUUUAUUACUCUCAGAAAAUGAAGAUUAUAACAUGAUAAUUAACGUUGGAGAACAACCAAACGUUAAACAAUUUAAAGUACAUUCUAUAAUACUUCGUGUACGUUCUUCUUAUUUUAGAGCUGCUUUAUCAUCUGAAUGGGCCAAAGUUGAAAAUAAUUAUAUCACUUUUAAUAAACCAAAUAUUAAUCCUAAAAUAUUUGAAAUAAUAUUAACUUAUAUUUAUACUGGUACUAUAAUAUUGGAUGAAAGUAUUAGUUCUGAUACUAUGUCUAUCUUAGAAGUUAUGAUGGCUGCUGAUGAAUUAUGUUUACAAGAAAUGAUUGAUUACGCUCAAGAUUAUCUUUUACUUUAUAAACCUGGUUGGAUACAACGUAAUUUUUCUACUACUCAUAAGAUCGCUUUGGAACAUUCAAAUACUUUUACAAAAUUAUUGGAUUAUUGUAAUGAAAUAAUAGUAAAUGAUCCUGAAUUGGUUUUUUGUUCUGAAGAUUUUAAUUCUAUUGAUGAAAAUACUUUUAUAUCUUUAUUAAAGAGAGAUGAUUUAUUAAAAGAUGAAGUUGUACUUUGGAAUCAUUUAAUUAAAUGGGGUACUUCUCGUGCUUCUAUAUCUAAAGAUUUAUCUAAUUGGUCUAGUAAAGAAUUUGAAAUAUUAUCUGAAAAAAUUGAAAAAUCUAUUUCUCAUAUUAGAUUUUUACAUAUAUCAAGUGGUGAUUUUUAUAAAAGGGUUAAACCUUUUGCUCAAUGUUUACCUCCUGAUUUAUUUGAAGAUAUAUUACAAUAUCAUCUUGUACCUGGUCAUCAACCUUCCUCUGAUUUGAUUCAACCUAAAAGGGCUACUAUUGAUUCCGUUAUUAUUGAAAGAAAACAUGCUGCUUUAUUAGCAAGUUGGAUUGAUGGUAAAGAUGAAUUGGUUCAAAAUAAGAGAGAUUGUUUAGAUAAUCCUUAUGAAUUUAAAUUAUUACUUAGAGGUACUAGGGAUGGUUUCACUGGUACUGAUUUUCAUCAAAGAUGUGAUUCAAAAUCUUCUACAAUUACUAUAAUGAAAGUUUCUAAUACUGGUGAAUUAAUUGGUGGAUUUACUCCUAUUAAUUGGUCUUCAAGAAAUGAUUGGGGUUUUACUCAUGAAUCUUUUAUUUUUCAUCUUGGUGAGAAAAAUGUUGUUAGUAGAGUUACUGAUCCUGCUAAAGCAAUUAAUUAUUAUGAAAAUUAUGGUCCUUCUUUUGGUAGAAAUGAUUUAAAAAUGUCUGGUAAUUUUAAAGCUGAAUUAAAAUGUUGUUGUAAACAAGGUGAUUAUGAAUUCCCAAUUAGAAAUGAUACAAAUAGUUUUAGUAUUGAUGAAUAUGAAGUAUUUCAAGUUAUUCCGAGGAGACCAAAUUUAAUGAAUUUGAUCGUAUGAAAAAAAAAAAAAAAAAAAAGUAUUAUUUUUAGUAGUAGUUAUUUUAGUAAUUUUG